CUUCUCAGAGAUGCUUCAACUCGUUCAUUGAUCUUUCUAUAUAUACAUAUCACAUUACCUAUUAUUUCCAUCAUCAACAAACAAACAAGCAAUAUAUCCAAUAACUUACAUCUUUUCAUACAUUUUCAGAAGUUUCAUAAGAAUUCAAAUUUUCAGUCCUUAAAAAACAGAAAUGGCUUUCGUGAGAAAUCUAUUGGGUGCAAAGAAGGUUCUUGGAGCUGCAACAAGCAAAAGGGCAGCCUCGGCGGCACCAAAGGGGUUUCUUGCGGUGUACGUAGGAGAGAGUCAGAAGAAGAAAUAUGUGGUGCCAGUCUCAUAUUUGAGCCAGCCUUCUUUUCAAGCGCUACUCAGUAAAUCCGAGGAAGAGUUUGGGUUUGAUCAUCCGAUGGGUGGCUUAACCAUCCCUUGUCCUGAAGAUACAUUCAUCUCUGUGACAUCUCGGCUCCAAUGAUGAUUAUCCAACAUAUUGUUCUUUGAGAUAGAGAUAGACUUGUUCUUUGUAAAUAGAGGAGAAACGUUUUUCUCUUUCAUCUUGAAAGAGUUGUUCUAAAAAUUUUGAAAGUAAAUACCAUUUUCAGUUAUAGACACAA